GAAAGAAGCAUUUAUUUAAUUUUACGCUAAAUUUGUCUGCUGCGGAGUUAUUUCUUGGUCACACGGGUGUGAUUAAAAGAAUUUCAUAUUAUUUACUGCAUUUCAAACCAAAUAUUUACGACUUAAAGGCAAAUUUAAUAUUUUUUUCUUUUUGAAAAUUGAAGAAAACACGCAAAGGCAUUGUGAGCAAUAUUGUUCAGUCAAAAGGACAUCAUGUCAAAUAUAGUACUGGACAAGGAGAAUUUUUUACGAAGAAUAAAACGCCUUUAUGACGAAUGGAAGGAAGGUACCAUAGCGCAUGAUGAUUCAUUAAAGAAAGUAGAUUGUAUUAUGUCAGCAGUGGGCGCCGAUGAGGAUGUCGUCUAUUCCAAAUCGACUGCUUUACAGAGUUGGCUAUUGGGUUACGAACUUACCGACACAAUUUCCGUAUUUUCGCAAGAUGGCAUUUACUUCCUAACCAGUAAAAAGAAAAUUGAAUUUCUUAAACAAGUUCAAAAUUCAAAAUCGGAUGGUGUGCCCGAAAUAAAACUGCUAGUGCGUGAUCGUAACGAUAAAGAUGUUGCCAAUUUUGAGAAACUUGUCAACAUUAUGAAAUCUUCUAAAGGCGGCAAAGUGUUAGGUGUAUUUGCAAAAGACGGUUUUCCUGGUGAAUUCUGCAAAAGUUGGAAAAAUGUCCUGAAAACAGCGGCUUUUGAGCAAGUUGACAUAAGUGGAGCGGUUGCUUACUUAAUGUGCCCGAAGGACGAAUCAGAAAUAAAUAACAUUAGAAAAGCAUCACUGGUGUCGGUGGACUUGUUCAAUAAAUAUUUAAAAGACCAAAUUAUGGAAAUAAUAGAUUCAGAUAAGAAAGUCAAACAUUUGAAACUUUCGGAAGGUGUGGAGGCUGCUUUAUCCGACAAGAAAUACGUGUCCGGUGUAGAUAGUUCACUUCUUGAAAUGUGUUAUCCAGCUAUUAUACAAUCGGGUGGAAAUUAUUCGUUAAAGUUCUCUGCCAUGAAUGAUAAAAACAUUUUACAUUUUGGCGCCAUUGUUUGCUCUCUAGGCACCCGCUAUAGAUCUUAUUGCUCGAAUAUUUCGCGCACUUUCCUAGUUAAUCCCACCGAUGAAAUGCAAGAUAAUUACAAUUUUCUAGUUAACGUGCAAGAGGAAAUUUUGAAAAUGUUAAAACCAGGAAGCAAACUUAGCGAAAUCUAUGAUCAUACCUUGGAGUACGUAAAAAAGGAGAAACCAAAAUUGCUUGAUAACCUAACGAAAAACUUCGGCUUUGCUCUUGGCAUUGAAUUUCGUGAGAAUAGCAUUAUUAUAGGCCCGAAAUGUCAGGCUGAAGUCAAAAAGAAUAUGGUUUUCAACGUGACUGUGGGCAUAGCGAAUCUUACUAAUCCAGAUGCAUCAGAAAAAGAGGGUAAAAUUUACGCCCUUUUAGUGGGUGAUACGGUAUUGGUAGGUGAUCAAUCGCCAGCUAGCAUUAUGACACCGUCGAAAAAGAAAAUAAAAAAUGUCGGAAUAUUUAUCACAGAUAGUGAAGAAGAUGAUGACGGCGACGAAAAGGCAAAGCCUAAAGAAGAUAAAGGUUCCGAGAUUCUAGGACGCAGUAAACGCAAUGCGGUGCUAGAAAAUAAAUUACGUACCGAAACGAAUACGGAGGACAAACGCAAACAACAUCAAAAGGAACUUGCACGAAUAUUAAAUGAAAAAGCGCGUGAACGUUUGUCUAAACAGGGAGACGCUAAGGAAGUCGAGAAAGUACGUAAAAACACAGCUUCAUACAAAUCCAUCAGCCAAAUGCCAAGAGAACCGGAAGUUAAAGAACUGAAAUUAUAUGUAGACAAGAAAUAUGAAACGGUUAUAAUGCCUAUAUUUGGCAUACCUGUUCCCUUUCACAUAUCUACAAUUAAAAAUAUCUCACAAUCCGUGGAGGGUGAGUACACCUAUUUGCGCAUCAAUUUCUUCCAUCCAGGUGCCAGUAUGGGUCGUAAUGAAGGCGGUUCGUUUCCUCAUCCAGAAGCUACAUUUGUAAAGGAAGUAACCUACCGGAGCUCAAAUGUUAAAGAGCACGGCGAAACAUCUGCUCCGUGUUCUAAUCUUAACAAUGCUUUUCGCCUUAUUAAAGAAGUUCAGAAACGUUUUAAAACGCGCGAAGCUGAAGAACGCGAAAAGGAAGAUCUCGUUAAACAGGAUACCUUAAUAUUAUCACAAAACAAGGGUAAUCCUAAACUAAAAGAUUUAUACAUACGCCCCAAUAUUGUAACGAAACGAAUGACUGGUAGCUUAGAGGCUCACACUAAUGGUUUUCGUUACAUAUCUGUGCGUGGUGAUAAAGUGGAUAUAUUGUACAAUAAUAUUAAAAGCGCCUUCUUUCAACCGUGUGAUGGUGAAAUGAUUAUUUUGUUACACUUUCACCUCAAACAUGCAAUUAUGUUUGGCAAAAAGAAACACGUUGAUGUUCAGUUUUAUACGGAGGUUGGAGAGAUCACAACGGAUUUAGGUAAACAUCAGCAUAUGCAUGAACGUGAUGAUUUAGCCGCCGAACAAGCGGAACGUGAAUUGCGCCACAAACUGAAGACUGCUUUUAAAAGUUUCUGCGAGAAGGUGGAAGCGAUGACCAAACAACAAGUAGAAUUUGAUACACCAUUCCGUGAGUUAGGUUUUCCUGGAGCACCAUUCCGUAGUACGGUUACCCUACAACCCACCUCUGGCAGUUUGGUAAAUCUUACCGAAUGGCCGCCAUUUGUUAUAACAUUGGAUGAUGUAGAGUUGGUGCAUUUCGAACGUGUUCAAUUCCAUUUACGUAACUUUGAUAUGGUUUUUGUGUUUAAGGAUUACAAUAAAAAGGUAGCUAUGGUUAAUGCAAUACCUAUGAAUUUAUUGGAUCACGUUAAGGAGUGGCUGAAUUCUUGCGAUAUACGUUAUACAGAAGGCAUACAGUCCUUGAAUUGGGCAAAAAUAAUGAAAACCAUUAUUGAUGAUCCGGAAGGCUUUUUCGAACAAGGCGGCUGGUCUUUCUUGGAUCCAGAAUCUGGUAGUGAGGAAGAAGACGAAUCGGCAGAGUCCGAAGACGAUGAAGCAUACGAACCAACAGAUAUUGAAUCCGAUAUAGAAUCAGACGAAGAUGAUUCCGAAUAUUCUGAAGCGUCUGAAGAUGAAAGUGAUGAGGAGAGUGAUGAACUUGGCUCGGACGAAGAAUCUGGCAAGGAUUGGUCUGAUUUAGAGCGUGAGGCAGCCGAAGAAGAUCGCAAUCACGAUUACAACGCUGAAAAUAAACAAAAUGGCAAACAUCAAGCGAAACAUUCGAAAAGUUCAAAGCAUAGUCGUAGAGAUCGAGCGGUACAAGAACAAAAUCGAAAGAAACAUCAAAAAUCUUCUCAUACAUUGAAUUCCGCCAGCACUUCAGCGUUAAUGAAGUCGUCAAAACAUACAAAUUCCACUACCAAUUCAACGCAUAGUAGCUCGAUGAAAUCGUCUCAUAGGGAUAAACAUAGCGAUCGUAGCCGUGACAAGCACAACUCCUCUUCAUCGCACAAGGAUAAAGGCAAGGAUCGCAGCCACGACAAGGGUCGCCAUCAUAGCAGCAGCGGCCAUAAACGUUCACGAGACGACAGUCGAGAUAAUGAUCGCCACAAAUCAAAAAAAUCACGACAUUAAUUAUAAAAUACAGAAUACAACCAACCCAACCAUCAUCUAUGCAUCCAUACAUAAAUACAUAACACAUAAAUAAUUGCAUAUUCCUUUUUUAAUAUUAUAAUUUUCUUUUUCUUUUUUUAUAUAUGUUUAACUCCUGUCAUUCGUCUUAUGAUAACAUAAAACUUCCAUUACCUUAACUUUAGGGAUAUCCAUCAGACUUUAGACAGUUAUUAGCCUUAUAAGCGUGUAUUUAUUGGAAAGCAAAAGAAACGGCUUUCAAAUUGUAAGAUUUCCCUAAUUAUUUUCAUGUUAACUUUCUCUGUUCAAUCGUCAAGCACUCUCGACUUAUUAUUGAAAAAAAAUAUCUGCAAAUUAAAAAAAUAAAUGAAAAGGGAAUGGAUAAAUACAU